CAAAGCUCCAGAGACAGAGCAACUGUCAGCAACCCCCUCCGGCAAUAUCCAUAACGGUUUCGAUCCUGCUUCGGGAAAAACCCACCCAAUGUCCAGGUUGUGGCGCGGCCUGAAAACGGUGGUCCAAACCCCGACCGGGAACUCCCACCAUUACCACACGAUCCAAGCCAUUCCUCGAGAAUGCACCGGAAACCGUGUCUCCACGCGUGACCGAGGCCAAGGUAGAAUUCCGGCCGUGGUUUUCUCUCAAGGCUUGCUCGAAAAAAGCCCCGCCAACCGUUCCCCAUCCAGGAAACAACUUUUGACUACCGAAAGAAAGCAGAUUCAAGCCAUCCUCAAGUCCGUACAACGCCCUUUCUUUUGUUCCACCACGUUCCCGCUUCAGAUCCGGGCCGGUUCCGGGUCUUCGGUCUUACUUGAAUCUGGGAGAGUGUUACCCAUCAAGAUUCAUAGGGAUGAGGAGAGUGGGAAGAUAUUGAAUUUGGUGUUUGUUUGGGCGGAUGAAGGGAGUAAGUUGAAGGUUGAUGUGCCUGUUGUUUUCAAAGGAGAAGAGGAUUGCCCUGGUCUUAAGAAAGGUGGCUUUUUGAAUAGGAUAAGAACUAGUUUGAAGUAUCUAUGCCCAGCGGAACACAUUCCUCCAAAGAUUGAGGUGGAUGUAAGCAAAUUAGAUAUUGGUGAUAGAGUGUUAAUGCAUGAUGUUGAGGUUCAUCCAUCCUUGAAGCUUCUAAGCAAGAAUGAAAGCAUGCCUAUAUGUAAGAUUGUGGCGACAAAUUUUGAAAACCCAGAGCCCACGAAGGUAUAGCUAUAGAAGCAUGAAUUUGACUUUCAAAUUUGGUGAUGCAUAACUCACAAGAUAAAAGCUUUUCAAGAAUAAGUCUGAUAUUUCUUGAGGUGGUGCUUUGAGAUUUCCCAAGUGAUCAGGAAUUUAACAUUUAAGAGUUUAAUCAGACAGUGCUGGUUUUCUUUAGUACUCUUGAAUGGAAUCACUGGCAUGUUGUAUCGAUUCCUUUAACUGUUUCAAACCUUGUUUCGAAGUAUAAUAUUAAGGGGAGGUGGUUCCUGUGAAAUGGUUAGUCUAUUGAUUGUAGAAUGCAGAAUUUGAAUAGUUUUCUGCCACUGGUUAGACAGAGUAUAGAUUCAGACAAUGAAAAUUUUGUUCACUA